CCACUCAAUGCUGAGAUACUAAACGCACUGACGCAUAUCGAGUACGCAGUACCUUAAUGUGGCAGUAUUUAUCAAAGUGACUAUUAAACAAAUUUGACGCUAUAUGGUGACUUUCCACAGAGAGUGCAUUUAAUCGGCUAAAACUUGUAUCAAUAUUUGUAUGUCUGGACAAACAUACAAGGAACAGUAGGAAUACUUGGCCGGUCAACACAGCACGUCUGAUACAACGGCCGAAACCAUGCUGCGAGAAUCACACGAGGAAGUGCAGUUCAGUCUAUUAAACGAUGAUAAGCAGAAAUCGCCAAACGUUGAGGCCCUUCCUCAGCGUGACGUGUGGUCACGGAAGAUCGAGUACCUGUUCUCCCUAAUAGGUUACACGGUUGGACUGGGAAGCUUAUGGAGAUUUCCCUAUUUGUGUAUGAAAAACGGUGGAGGAGCCUUCCUUAUUCCGUUCACAUUUUUCAUGGUGACGUGUGGAUUUCCUCUAUAUUAUCUCGAGCUGCUUUUGGGUCAGUUCUCUGGAAAAAGUCCAAUGGUUGUCUGGAAUAUAUGUCCACUGCUUAAAGGAUUGGGAUACAUGAUGGUUGUUAUUUCUGCGAUCGUCACGUGGUACGUUGGAGUGGUGCUUGCCUGGGUGUUGUACUACCUGGGAUAUUCCUUUGCCACGACUCUGCCCUGGGCCUCGUGUGAUAACGAGUGGAACACAGACAGAUGUGUGGUGUUUCGGACGGCUAGCGAUGUGUCAUCAAAUUUUACCCAUAAUUCCUCUGUAUAUAACAGUACAAUCGGCAGUACCUCACCAACUAACGUAUCUGUAGUUGGAAAAAACCUGACAGGAAGCAUCCAAACGGCGGCUACAGAAUUCUGGAAGUACAAGGUCCUGAAUAUUUCCAGUGGGAUAGAUGAUCCGGGAACAAUACAGUGGCACACGGUUCUCAUGUUAAUCCUUGCAUACGCACUUUCAUUUGUGUGCAUCGUAAGGGGCGUCAAAUCGGUCGGGAAGGUAGUUUACGUGACGGCCACCCUUCCUUACGUUUUGUUGACUGUGAUCCUUGUCCGAAGUUUGACACUAGAUGGCGCUAUCGAUGGUAUAAUCUAUUAUAUUAAACCAGACUUCAGUAGACUGACGCAGUUUCAGGUGUGGUUUGAGGCAGCACUGCAGGUGUUUUACUCCUUGGGACCGGCCUGGGGCGGGGUCCUCACCAUGGCUAGCUUCAGCAAGUUCAACAACAAGUGUAUGGGUGACGCCGUUCUAUGUGUGUUUAUGGAUCUGUUCACAGCGUUUUACUGUGGCUUUGUCGUCUUCUCUAUCUUGGGUUUCCUUGCCCAUGAGUCAGGGAUGGGAGUAGAUGAAGUCGUUGAAGCAGGUCCAGGAUUAAUUUUCCUUGCUUACCCAGAAGCCCUUAUACGACUUCCGCUUCCGCAGCUGUGGUCUGUACUCUUCUUUGUUAUGGUUGUUUUCGUCGGAAUAGACAGUCAGUUCGGGCUGUUAGAGACCAUCGUCAGUGGCCUUGUAGACAUGUACCCGAGGACACUAGGGAGACACAAACUACUCGUACUCGCUGUUCUGUUCCUCUGCUAUAUCAUCACCAGUCUGAUCUUUGCGACACAGGCAGGAGUAUAUGUGUUCCAGCUAAUAGACUGGUAUAUCGCAGCCUACGCUAUCUUCUUCGGGUCACUGCUAGAGUGUGUGGUGAUUGGCUGGCUCUACGGGGCGGAGAGGUUUAGUCGGGAUGUGGUACUGAUGAUAGGACAGCCAGUGCCCCUACUUAUCCGAUGGUCCUGGUGUAUCGUGGUCCCAUUUGCGAUGUUUAUUUCUCUUAUUCUUGUCAUCACCAACAUGACGAGUCCAUCCUCAAAAGAAUACACCUACCCAUCUUACAUUGGAAUUGUGGGUAUUUUCAUCGGUCUCCUGCCGGUUUUUCCUAUCCCAAUAUUUAUGCUGACUCAGCUUAUGACCUCAUCCGGGACUCUGAGACAGAGAAUCAAGAACCUGGUACGACCGUCGGCAGACUGGGGUCCGAAUAGCGAGCGAGAGCGGGGAAAAUAUACAAUGUACGAAUAUAGUAGCAAUGUAUGGCACAAUAUACAAGUAGAUCUAUUCGGACAACGUAAAAACAAAUAGGACACGUGCUAGUGAGGUUGGUCUAAAUUACAGUACUGAGACCACAACGUACAAAUGUACACAAACUCAAACUGGAGCAGUUAUUCGGACUAGCAAUGUUGAGAUUUGUUCGAAAGUUUGGAAGUUAAUAAAGAGAGCGGUUUUUUCUCUUUGGCCUCUAAGACAGGUCCAAUAAGUAUAACAGUAAACGGUUUAAAGAGAUUUAAAAGUGAUCUUUAAAACAAGUGGUCUCUUAAAAGAGGCGGUAUUUAGACUAAGUCUAACUGUAGUUGAUAUUUGUCAUCAUGUUAAAAGACUAUUGAUUGGACAUGUGUAUUUAGGGCAGUAAAUCUGUGCGUUCAUCAUUCCAGAAGAACGUAAACAACAAAAGAAACAGCAUCAUAAAUCCAACACGAGAAAUGGAAUGAUAUAUUUAAAUAAUUAUGUCGUUAACUAAUUGUGAAAUGUGAUGUGCUCCAACAAUAUUACGUGUAGCCAGUUAAGUUUUAAAACGUACGUUUAGUCACAGGUACUCUGUGUGGUGUCCAUAAAACAAAUAACUAAAUGAGGCCUAAGUGUGCUAUGUGUCGUGGUAAUGUGUGGUCUAUCACACAAAUAACAUGUUAUAUAAGUGUAACAGAAGGUGUGAUGUUUCAACAGUUUUUAACGUGGUCGUUAUAAAACAGAAUUAUUUCCCUUACUAUGUCAAAGAUGACAUUGAGGCUAAAUGAGGGAUAGUGUUUUAAGAGGAAUGGUGGAUACAAUGAAACAACGCUGUUUGUCGAACAAUAAACAUCGACAAAUAGUUUGCUUUAACAUGACAUUCUUUUCUGUUGACUUAUAAAUGACAUUCUGCCAUCAUAUGGUAUUUAUUUUUGCCAGAAGGAAUCAAUACCUAUAUUUGAUUCUCUCUGCAAGGCUAUCUCCGACAACAGAGGAUUAAAUACAGUUGUUCCAAUACCACAUGAUGUGAUUAUCUGCAAAACAUGGGAACCUAAUUUCUAAAACUUUCCAGAAUGAUUUAUUGUAUGAAUAAUAAACGCUCUAAAGAAGACAAAAAAUGAUUAGCUAAUAUAUAGGCCUCAUAAACGUAAUCAAAUAUUGAUUAAAAAAAACCUUCAUAUUGGUAAAUAGAUAAAGUAUAAAAAUAGCAAUAUACAUAAUUAUAUAAUGAUUAAUAUCAAUAAAAUCUGAAUGCACAAACCCUGUUUGCAAAACUAAUUCUUAUUAAUUAUUCUUGCAUAGUGUCUGGUAUAACAUAUAACCUAACAUAUAAAAAAAAUAAUCAAUCCCGGUUUAUUUUGCAAUUUAUAAGUAUGAUUUAAAGCGCAUACAGCUUUGUGUUAUAAUGAUUAAUAUUAAUAAAAUCUGAAUGCACAAACCUUGUUUGCAAAACUAAUUCUUUUCAAUUAUUCUUGCAUAAUGCCUGGUAUAACAUAUAACCUAACAUAUAAAAAAAAAA